GCCAUUGCUACUCUGAUCUAAAGACGCGUUGUAUGUGAAUGGUCUCCUAUACUUCGUCUAAUUAUUUCAUUAACGAAAUUAUUGUUUUCUCAUUCAAUAUCUUCUGAAGUGGAUAUCUAAUAAAACGGUGGUAAUCAUGAGUGAGCGGCCGAGUAAUGGUGAAUACAAGUAUCAAAGGGAAGAAAAUGCCGAUUCGAAGGUAAGAACAUCGUCGGAAAAGGAACGUGAUGAAAAGGAACAUCAGGUUGACAAAGCCGGGGAAUAUGUCCGGGAGCUUUUGCAAGAAAAAGUUGAAUUGGAUUCGCAAAAAUGGCCUAAUGCAACCAGAUUAAUUGAUCAAGAAAUUCAAAAAACUCAAGCUAUUGGGAAACCAGUUAGAGAUCUUAAAUAUGUGGAUAUUUAUCGCGAAAAACCAAUUCGAGUGUCAGUUAAAGUACUGGUACCGGUUCGGGAACAUCCAAAGUUCAAUUUUGUGGGAAAAUUACUGGGACCAAAAGGUAAUUCUAUGAAACGUUUACAAGAAGAAACUAUGUGUAAAAUGGCUGUACUAGGAAGAGGAUCUAUGAAAGAUCGUCAAAAAGAGGAAGAAUGUCGUAUGUCUUUGGAUCCAAAAUACGCACACCUUUCGGACGACCUCCAUGUAGAAAUAACAGCACUUGCACCUCCGGCGGAGGCAUAUGCUCGUAUUGCAUUUGCGUUGGCUGAAGUUCGGAAAUAUCUUAUUCCCGAUAACAACGACAACAUACGCCAAGAGCAAAUGCGCGAAAUGGAAAUGAGUAUGACAGAUGAUCCAACAAGUGGUGAUGAUAGAAGGCCCUCCGUCAGAGGAGUACCAGGUGCUGGAGGAAUAUUAAGACCAACCACAAGACCAACGAUGCCACGGUCUUCGCGAGCUUCGUCUAUUUUAGCGGCGAUACUUCCACCGCCUUCGAGCCGGGGACCAAUCUCACGCCCUGUUUCAGCAAAAAGCAAAGUGUUCUCUAUCUUAGAUCGUGCAAGAGUUGCAAUGGAUCAAAGUUAUGGUUAUGAGACUGCUACUCCACCUCCAAGUAAUCGUGUCGGAUCUCAUCAUGAUUACGAUUAUCACACAUCAACGGGCAGUAGCAGCCGAUACGGAGACCGACAUUAUACAUCAACAUCAGGAGAUGAUAUGUAUCCUUCCUCGAGGUACACAACGUACGAAUACGAAGACGAUGCUGUCCCGCACUCUUCGCAUAACUACUACGAAACAUCAGAAUAUCCAGGUGUAUAGAAGAAUACGGAAGGUUGCGCGGGAACACGUUUUCAUGGAUUGAAAUAUUUUAAUCCUAUCCUAUUUCUCUGUUCAGUGGACUUUGAAGUGCCUUGAAAUCACGUGAGUAUAAUUUUAUUAUUGUAAUAUAACAUUCUAAUUAAUUUUAAAAAUACCUAUAAAAUGUAAAAGGUAUAAUCCAGUUUUAUUUUUACAAACAAUAUAGCUGCUGAUUUUAUUUGCUUGCAUAACGUUACCUCAAGAUACUUAGACGACUUUUUAUUCUUUAUUGAUGGAAAUAAAACUAACAUUUAGUGAGAAAUAAAUGAAGUUUUUUAAUAACUUAAUACUUAAGGCAUCAAUUUAUUUUUUAGUCUGCAUGUUCAAUUUGAUUUGCUUCUUUUGUUAAUUCCAUACUAAAAUCUGAGAUAGUAAGACUUUCUUUCAGGCAAUGGAGUGUACAGACCAUGCACAACAUUGUGAUUACAUCAAUCGAAGAAAUAAUGACAUUUCCGUCUUAAGCACUGACCGGUAUGGUAAAAAUUAAGAUAUGUAUUUUAAAUAUCUUUAAAAUUCCACAUCAAUCCUUUCAGCACAGUAGACAAAAUUUUAAACAAAUAUAUUUAUUCGGUGUAUUUUUGCGAUGUCAUUGAUCGUUAGAAAGUAGAAUUCAAAAUUAUUAGUGAUAUAUAAAAUAGUUUGCGAAAUGCUUGUAGCAAUUUUAUUAGAUCUUCCAAUUCGAUUAGAUCUAAUUAGUGUCAAUAAAUAUGAUCUCUUGUUCUUUUACACAUCUGAUUUAAAAUCUAUAAGGUAAUAUUUAAUUAACUUAAUAUAAGUCAUUUUUGAACCGGUCAAGCUUUAAGGUAAAGGAUAUAACAUAAGGUAAAACAUUGUUAAAUUUAUUUCUAUAUUUUAGGAAUAUAAAUCUAACUUUACGAUUUUAUAUUUAGUAUAAAUGUAUAUUAUGUGGACAUGUGCAUCCGAUACUUAAAAUAAAAAGAUUGAAUCGAAAAUAAAUAGAUCGAGUGUAAAGAUCCAGUGAAUAUUUAAUUUUUAUUUUGUAAGAGUCGUAAAAAUAAUAAAUGUUAUUUUCUUAAUUUAUAUUUAAAUAAUGCGCCUGCUAGACAGAAAUUAUAAUCUUCUUCAGCAGGUGGCGCUAUUGCAGUUUCUUACCAAAAUGGCGUCUGUAAACGCGGUGCGUAUAAAUUGAAGUAUUGAAUAAUUGAAGUAUUUGUCCUUUUUUCUGUGCAAACGUUUUUGAUCAAUAUUUAAGAGUGGUUUAGAAGUGUAGAAACUAAGUUGAGAUGAAGUGUUAUUUUGUAACUAGUAUUAAAACGACUGCCUACGUAAAAAUAACGCAAUUUAUCUCGCACUGUUUGACGCGCGCCAUCUCUUCAACAGUAAUAGGUACGUAUAUAUGAAAUUGUAUACAUAAUGUAAAACAUAUUGUAUAUUUAUAACUUUAUAUUUUUAUGUUAAUGUUAAAUUUCUUUGAAAUAAAUUACUACAAAACGAAAA